GUCCUACACCAGGGCAAGCGGAGCCGUCAUGGCCCAGAGGGUCUUCGACACCUAUUCCCCCCACGAGGACGAAGCCAUGACCCUCUUCCUCAACAUGGUGUCCCCCGGAAGAAUCCUCGUGUUAGCCAUUAAGGACGAGGGCACCUUCCAGAUGAAAGGCAGCGGGCGUGAGGCCAUAAGACGUCUGGGCAGCAGCCACGCCUACGAGUUAGGGUGGAGGGACAUGUGGGCGUUCGUGAGCGUGAAAGGGGGGCGUGUCUACGGGGAACAGCUGUCUCACAGCCCUGAUUUCAAUACCUGGGGCACACCUGUGAUGCUCAGGACAGAGGUCCCCCUCGUUACUCUGGAAGAGAGCGAAUGUGACUGGCCAGACACGGAGGAACACAGAAGGAGGAGGGAUUUCUGCAGCCAUAUCGAAGGCUACGGCUCUGUCUGUUCGUGUACCGAACCGGCACCGUUGGAUUUCACGACGGAGCCACUCCUCAACAACCAAGUUCACGACGUCCCCGUAGCCAUAAUUGCAAGCAACCGUCCACAUUAUCUAUAUAGGUCUCUGCGCUCUCUGUUGGCCGCCUCCGGGGUCAACCCCGAAAUGAUUACGGUGUUCAUCGACGGGUACUACGAGGAACCGCUGGCUGUCGCCAAACUUUUCGGGCUGCGGGGUAUCCAGCAUACCCCCCUGGGGUCAAGGAACGCGAGGAUAGCUCAGCAUUACAAAGCAUCCCUGACAGCUACCUUCAAUAUAUUCCCGUCAUCUCGCUACGCCAUCAUUCUGGAGGAAGAUUUAGACGUAUCUCCCGAUUUCUUCAGCUACUUCAGCCAGACCCUGAGACUGAUAGAGGAGGAUCCAACCGUCUAUUGUGUCAGUGCCUGGAACGACCAGGGCUACGAGCACACGAGCGGAGACCCGGCCUUGCUCUACAGGGUGGAGACUAUGCCAGGCCUGGGCUGGAUACUGAAGAGAUCCCUCUACAAGGAGGAGCUUGAACCCAAGUGGCCGACUCCUGAAAAGAUGUGGGACUGGGACAUGUGGAUGAGGCUGGAUGACAUCCGGAGAGGGAGGGAGUGCAUAGUACCCGACGUCUCCAGAACGUACCACUUCGGGUCAUCAGGACUCAAUAUGAAUUCGUACUUCCAGGACACCUACUUCAAGAAGCAUUCCUUCAACACUUUAGCCUACGUGGAGCUUAGGGAUCUAGACAGCCUCAAAAAAGACGCCUACGAAGACCUACUGCAAGACAUGCUUCGCAGAGGGACUGUUAUGGACCACACGCGCAGCCCCUGCCAAGAGGGGUUUUUCCCAGAGACGAGUGGGCAGACCUUCCUGCUCUUCAUUCAAAUGGAGCACCAUAAGGACUAUUCUACCUGGUUGCAAGUCGCUAAGUGCUUCCGUAUCUGGGACCUGGAUGGGAGAGGGUACCAUAAUGGAAUGUGGAGGCUCUACAUACGCUCCAAUAAUCUCUUGGUGAUUGGGGUCCCUUUUUCCCCUUACGCGUAA